UCUCGGAUUAAUUGGAUGUGCGGUCAAUCGUUAAUACGGCGAUAACUGUAAUUUUUUUUUUACAAACUCUAACUAUAAAUGAUCGUAAAAAAAAUAAAAAACAAUUUUAUCGGGUUUAAAUAAAAAAUUGCAAUGAAAAUAUAUUUCUAUAUGCAAACCUAAUGCUUCUGAUAGUGAUGAUUACAUUUCGUUAAUAAGUUAAGUACGCAAUAUUUGACGGAAUUACGGUCAUGAACUGUCGCAGAGCUUCGAACUCGUAAUUUUUCAUGUUUAUUUUUGUCCGAUACUUAAGUAUGCUAAAACUCAAGUUUGACACUGAAUACCAAGAAAUAACUGCGCGGAAGCAGAUGGAUUCGAUUUUGUUUGCUUUAGUCGGCAUUAGGUCUUAAAAAGAACCAGUAUUCUCGAUCGUUUUUGGAUUAAUCGGAGAUUUUAUUUUUAAAAUAAAUGUUUCAGAUUAUUUUUCAACAUGCCUAAACAUCCAGCAAUAAAAGCUCCUACUCCAGCUCAUAGUUCAUCAAAACAAAAAAUGAAACCUAAUUUAUCAAAACUGGUAAACACAGCAAAUAAAAUGACAUCGCAGAAAAAAUUUCAUAAAAAUCUUCGUGUCAUAUUAAAGGGUAUGUUGUUUGGUGACCUCAGACCUAUUUCAACAGAUCCAGAACUUGAUCCACCUGCAGAUGCUUGCCACAUUUGCUGGCAAUCAGGACACACCAGAAUGACUUGUAAACAUCCGAUAAAAGGAAUUUUUUGCAAUAAUUGUGGUAGAAAAGGUAUUGCAAUCGAUGAUUGCCCAAGAUGUGGCCAAAAAUACCAAGAGUACCAAAAUAAACUUAAAGAAUCAAGAAUAAUUGAAUAUGGAAUAAGCAUGCCUAAUCGUUCUAACUUUUACCCCAAAGAACCAAAAUCUCUUCUAGAUAAUAAACUCAUACAAUGGGCUUCUAAUGAUAAAUCUCGAGUAUCUUUAAAAAAUCAGCUUCAAAGAUCUUGGAAUAAAUCCAAUGAAGUUGUAUCAUUACCAUUGAUUAGACAAGCUGAGUGGAUAACAGAAAAUUGGACUGAACCAUCAAAAGAAGAUUUUAGUUCAUUUAGAGUAAAUCAAACAAAGCCAGUAGCAACGAUUCGUGAAAGUAAAAAUAAUGAUUGGAAACAUGAAGAUAAUCACAAUAAUAAAUGGUUGAUUAGUAAUGCAAGCAAUGGUAGCAGACUACAAGUUGGUAAAAAACAAGUAUGUUUUGAUAAUAGGCCUCGAUCUCCAUUGCCAAUAAAAUCUAAGCAAGGAAAUGGUACUAGUGUAUGGGAUCGAAUUGAGAAAUAUCCCAACAAGGAAGAAUUAAAAAAAAAUAUUCAUGAUCAAUAUGACCAUAAUUUUAUGUACAACAAAUCAGAUGAACAGUAUACAUGUGAUGAUUAUAGCGGAGAUAGUGAGUUCUUUAGAUCAUCUCAUGAUCAAAUUAAUGCGUAUUCCAAUCAAAAAAAUAUUGAAGAUCAAAAACAUUUUGUAAGAAAUGACAGAGGUGAUAGAUACAAAAAUACUCUAAACACACUCUCACAUAGUGAUGUUAGAAUUAGUAAUCAUAGAAGCAGUGAAAAUGAUACUGACAGAGCUGAAAAAAAAAUUGCUUCAGGCUCAGUAUCUGGUAUUAAUGAAAGCAGAUUAAAUGAUGCUUUAAAACUUGCAGAAAGUUUAAAACAUUUGCCUAUUGAAACUCAAAAUGCUGUUUGGAGAGCAGUAUUUCCUGUUACAGAUUAAUGCAAAAGUUCAAAGAAAUUCUAUGUAUAUAGAAUUCACCUUCAAUAAGUUAUUAUCUAGUAUAUAAAAUUAUAAUCAUUAUAAUAAUUUAAUUUAUUCUUUUCAAUUAUUUAUGUUUAUUUUUUUUUUUUUUUCAAUGUAUAUUUAGUAGAAACUUUUUGAGAUUACCAGUAAAUCACCAAAUUGUUAUGAUUAUUAUUUGGUUCUAAAAUUAGCAUGACGAAUAUUUGCUAAACAUUUAUGAUUCAAUAUUAAAAACCUUUAGAUUAUUUUUGCAUUUUUUGUAACUAUUUUUUUAUGAUGAAAUUUUUUGUAUAGUUCCAAUAAAUACUUGGUUAAAAGAGUU